UCUGCACUGUUUUCCCAAUCAUCGCUCCGAUAUGACCAUGACGGACAAAGAACCUAAAGCCCUGAAAAUGAGGCGGGAAAUUGGGCUGAUUGGUGGUGUAGCACUAGUAUCAGGAACCAUGAUCGGAUCCGGGAUAUUCAUGUCCCCUCAGUUUAUAAUGGGCUACGUUGGAAGCCCUGGAGCAAGUCUGGUGAUCUGGGCUCUCUCUGGAGUUGUAGCUAUGUUUGCAGCACUGUCCUAUGCAGAGCUUGGGACAAUCAUCCAGGAAUCUGGUGGAGAAUCCAUCUACAUACUGAGGAUCUAUGGUUCAUGCCCUGCUUUUUUUGCAGCAAUCACUUUUGUUGUGGUUGUGAAGCCGCUUGGCAUUGCAGCAAUGGCGAUUAGCAUUGGAGAAUAUGCUCUAGCACCCUUUUACAACAGCUGCCAACCUCCUGAUCUGGUAGUGAAGUGUGUUGCAGCUGUGGCUAUACUGGUCGUUGCCAUAGUAAACAUCUUGAAUUCCCGGAUUGCCGUCAGAAUCCAAGUGGUGUUCUUGGUGGCCAAAGUGCUGGUGUUGACAUUUAUUGUUAUCGGAGGAAUAGUGAAGCUCAUACAGAGCAGCAGUGUCAUUGUGGAAAAUUUGAAAGUUGAGAAUGCAUUUAAAGGCACUCAGUACUCUUUGAGCACUCUGGGAAUGGGUGUUUAUCAAGGACUCUGGUCUUACGCUGGGUGGUACAACUUGAACUAUGUCACUGAGGAGCUAAAAAGACCUGAGGUGAAUCUCCCCAGGGCGGUUGUGAUAGCCAUUUCUCUGGUGACUGGCUUAUACCUGCUGGUGAAUGUGAGCUACCUGACGGUUAUGACGCCAAAAGAGCUCAUGUCCUCAAGCGCUGUAGCAGUAACCUGGGGGAACAAAGUGUUAGGAAGCUGGGGCUGGACCAUGUCUGUGGCCGCAGCGUUGUCUGCUUUCGGCUCACUGAACGGAACGUUCUUCAGUGGGGGCCGUGUGUGCUUUGUUGCUGCCAGGGAAGGUCACCUGCCAGAUAUCCUAGCCAUGGCUCAUGUCCGCAGACUGACUCCAUCUCCAGCGCUGAUCUUUACCACUGUGGUCUCUCUUCUGGUGCUGAUCCCCGGAGACUUCCAGAGCAUUGUCAACUUCUCCAGUUUCACUGCCUGGUUUUUCUAUGGCAUCACCCUCUCUGGACUUGUCUAUCUCAAGAUUAAGAAGCCGGAGCUCCCCAGGCCAUACAAGGUUCCCAUUAUACUCCCAGUCCUGGUCAUCAUUGUGGCAAUAUUCCUUGUUCUUGCACCCAUCCUAGACAACCCUCAGAUAGAAUACCUCUAUGUGUCUUUAUUUAUCCUCAGUGGAGCUAUAGUGUACGUUCCCUUCAUCCAUUUCAAGCUCUGCCCAGGGUUGCUGACCAAGCUAACAGUGUUCCUGCAGCUCUUCUUAGAGGUGGCCCCGACAGAGAAAAAACCUGUGCAUUUAGCUGAUGCGAGCACAAAGAAAAACUAG